AUGGCCGCCAAGCGGGGGGAUUCAUCAGCCCUGGGCCUCCAGUUCCCGACCGUGGUAGACCAAGGGGUGAACACCACCAUGAAAAUGGAGGACGAGGACCCAGAAGAUCUGAAGCCAGAGCUGAGAUUGGAGGAGAGGAGAGAAGACCCUCACGCCGCCCACUCGGGGACAGCCGGGCAGUGCCCACGAUGGAGAACACCGCUGCAUAUUAAACAGGAACCGGAGGACGGGCUUUCGACUCAGCAGUGGGAGGCUCAGUGGCAUGAUUUCCUUGGGGGGGUACAGCCACCUCAGGUAGGAUGGGGAACCAGGGAACUCCCAGGGGGCACACCAUGGGGGGACAUGAAAGCCCCCAUGGUUCAUUUUGAGGGGUCCACGUCCGCUGCCCAGCAUCCCGCGGAAGGACCAUUUAUCCACUCACUGCCGGCUUUUGACGGAACCACCCAGCAAACCAACAGCAGGCCAGAUUCUAGAAGUGGCAGAGAGUUGAGGAAAGUGAAGGAGGAGGUGGGGUGCGAGGACGCUAUCAGUGCAGAGGUGCAGCGCCGACACUUCAGGCAGUUUGUCUACCAGGAGGUCGAGGGGCCCCGAGAAGUUUGCAGCCGUCUGUGGGAGCUGUGCCACCAGUGGCUGAAGCCAGAGAGGCACAGCAAGGAACGGAUCUUGGAGCUGCUGAUCCUGGAGCAGUUCUUGACCAUCCUGCCUCCAGAAAUGGAGAACUGGGUCAGGGAAGGUAGCCCGGAGACCUGCAGUCAAGCGGUAGCCCUGGCGGAAGACUAUCUUCUGAGGCAACGAGAGGACGGCAGGCAGGAACAGAAGGGGCCAGGGAUGUUCCAUGUAGUGACCGUGAAUUUCCCCGACACUGACCAGGCAUCACUGGAAAAUGCACAGAGGCAGCUCGGCAGGCAAAUCAAGCAAGAGGGUGGAGGAGAUAGCCACUCGAUGGGUAACGAUGGGCCUGAAGGCGAGGAGGCCGCUGUGUGGAAAAGCUCCGGGCAAACGGAUCCACAAGGGUCAUUGCCGGGGACUGCCGGAGAUACGAGCAGGGAAGGUAACUCUGAGGCUCUGAAAGGGUCCCAGGGAAGUGCCCCCCAGGCAAGCGAAGGGAGCGCCUCUGGGGAGAAGCAGUCACUGUGCUCAAACUGCGGAGGCAUUUUCAAUCCAAACACAGGGCUUCUCGGGCCGGAUGGAGCGAACCCUUACAAAUGCUCGGUGUGCGACAAGAGCUUCUGCCAGGUGGCGAAACUCAUCGCACACGAAAGGCUCCACACGGGUGACUGGCCGUACAAGUGCUCUUUCUGCGGGAAGAGCUUCAACCGGAGCUCGGACGUCUCCCGGCACGAGCGGAUCCACACGGGGGAGAAGCCCUUCCAGUGCACCACCUGUCAGAAGUGCUUCAGCCAGCGAUCCAAGCUGAUCGUCCACGAGAGGUUCCACACGGGCGACAAGCCGCACACGUGCUCGUACUGCGGGCGGAGCUUCCACCAGCGGUCAGACCUCGUGAAACACGAGCGCAUCCACACGGGCGAGAAGCCGUACAAGUGCUCGGACUGCGGGGGGAGCUUCCACCGGAGCUCUGACCUCGUCAAGCACAAGUGGAUCCACACAGGGGAGAGGCCGUACAAGUGCUCGACGUGCGAGAAAAGCUUCCGGCAGCGCUCGGCGCUCCUCUACCACGAGAGGACCCACACGGGGGAGAAGCCGUACACGUGCUCGGCCUGUGGGAAAGGCUUCAGCUGCAAAGCGCACCUGGUGCUUCACAAACGGACCCACACGGGGGAGAAGCCGUACAAAUGCAAUUUCUGUGGGAAAAGCUUCACCACCAGUUCGUACUUUGUCAAGCACCAAAGGAUGCAUCUGGGGCAAGAACCGUUACCGAUGCACUGUAUGAAAAUGGAAAAAGCAGAGUUGGCAGGUCCCGAGCUGGAGAUGGGGACCAUCAGGUCCUGUUUCAGAGGAAUGGGACCGCAACAGGUAAAAAAUGAGCCAGAAGAUGGACUGUCUUCACAGCAGUGGGAAGCCCAAUGGCAGGAGUUCCUCAAGACGGUUCAGUCCCCUCCAUCCGGAUGGCAGAAGCCACAUCUUUCAGAGCCUCUGCCAAAGGAUGAUGGAAAGGCUUCUCCAGAAACUGCUGAAGGUGCCAUCAGCUCAGAGGGACAGUGCCAAAACUUCAGGCAGUUCUGCUAUCCGGAAGCUGCAGGUCCACGGGAGGUUUACAGCUGCCUCCGGGAGCUUUGCCAUCGGUGGCUGAAGCCAGAGAGACAUGCCAAGGAGCAGAUCCUGGACUUGGUGAUCUUGGAGCAGUUCCUGGCCAUCCUGCCCCCCGAGAUGCAGAGCUGGGUGAAGGAACGGGGAUCCGAGAGCUGCUCCCAGGCAGUGGCCCUGGCCGAGGAUUUCCUCUUGAGACUGCAGGAAGGAGAGACCCUGGAAAAGGAGCCAGCAAGGCUGUUCCAAGAGGUGGUUAUCAGUCUUCCAGGAGAAGAGGGGCCUUUGCUGGAAAUCUCAGAGAGAGAUCCAUCUGGAGAGGUCAAACAAGAGAGUGAAGGUGAUGCCAGCUUGUUAGUCAAUGAGUACCAGGGUGAGAACAAAAGACAGCCAUUUGUAGCUUUAUUGGAAGGUCCCAAACAACAUGGGGUGGAAAGAAAUGAUGGCAGGAAUCAAGAAGGGCAAAAAUGGAAGGAAGGAACCAAGGAAUGGAACAACAAAUCCAUUACUUAUCAAGAUGGUGAUUUCUGUGAAAUUACAGUGCUGCCAAGGAUGUACAACAGAAAACAAAGGAAUAAAUGUACCGUGUGUGGGAAAGUUUUCAGAGAUGAAACUUACCUUCAUAAGCAUCAAAGAACCCACACUGGGGAGAAGCCAUACGAGUGCUCAGACUGCGGGAAGAACUUCCGUUGGAGCUCAGAUCUUCACCGCCAUCACAGAACCCACACAGGAGAAAAACCAUAUAAAUGUUCAGACUGUGGGAAAAGUUUUCGUCGGAGUUCAAACCUUCAUAGGCAUCAAAGAACCCACACAGAAGAGAAAUCCUAUGAAUGUGCUGACUGUGGGAAAAGUUUUCGCUGCAGCUCCAGCCUCCUUAGUCAUAAGCGAACACACACUGGAGAGAAACCAUAUGAAUGCUCAGACUGUGGUAAAAGCUUCCGUCUGAGUUCAAACCUUGUUAGCCACAAGAGAACCCACACUGGAGAGAAGCCCUAUGAAUGCCCAGACUGUGAGAAAUGCUUUCGCCGAAGCUCACAUCUGAACACUCACAAGAGAAUCCACACUGGACAGAAACCGUACAAAUGCUCAGAUUGUUCCAAAACCUUUUCUGAUAGGUCCAACCUUCUUAGCCACCUGAGAAUCCACACAGGACAGAAACCGUAUAGCUGUUCGGACUGUACCAAAACGUUCUCCAAUAAAUCCAACCUCCUUAGCCAUCAGAGAAUCCACUCGGGGGAGAAGCCCUACGAAUGCUUAGACUGUGGGAAAAGCUUCAGUGUGUGCCAAUAUCUCACCCGGCAUCAGAGGAGACACACGACAGAGAAACUGUAUGAAUGCUUAGACUGCGGGAAACGAUUCAGUCAGAGCCAAUACUUAAUUCGGCAUCGAAAACACUCACACAGAAGGCAAAGCAUGUGAACACUCACACUGUGUGGAAGAUUCCAUUGACACAUUUGCAUGACUAACUGUAAAAGCAGUCUUACUAAAUGACAAUCAUAUCAGUGUUCAGCCUUGUGAAGAGAGACAAAACUUAAGAAUACAGAAUCCUAAUAUUCCAUUUGUCUCUGCUGUAGAAGAUACAGUGGGCAUCAUGCAGACAGGGCCUUUCUGACAAUGGCCCCAUGAAUGCAGAACUGCUUCCUUUGGGAGGUGCAGCUUGCUCCCUCCUUACUGGCACUUGGGUGGCAGGGUAGAGCUUUUCUGGAGUGUUUGAAAGGUGAUGCUCGUAUCUCUCCCAUUGCUAGAAAAUGUGGAAUUUCUGCUUGGUAUGGUCCCGAAACAUUUCAGCGUGAUCUUACCAUUUUCUCUGCCACCUGGCAGAGCUCAAUCAGAUGCUUUUAAAAUAUAUAUAUAAAUAGAA